AUGUCCCCAACACACACCAUGUCCGCCCACCUCUGCAAACAAAUCGUCUCCUCCUGGCGCGAGAGCAGACAGUCCAACACCACCAGCAGCAGCCCCCUCCCUUCCCCCCCAAACAACAUGGGCUCCUACUUCCCUCGCUCUCUCUCUUCCUCAUCAUCACCAAAGACCUCGCUAGACAACGGUGACCGUCACGACACCUCUGUCCCUCUGUCAAGACAAACGUCCAACAACAACAACAACAAUAGCAACUGGAGAUGGGGGUCCCGUUAA